AUGGAGAGGAGAGGAGAGGAUGGGGCUGAGCUGCUGCCCCGGUGGGCCGAGGAGGAGCGGCGGGUGCAGGGACGAUACAGCGCGCUACGGCGGCGCAGGAGGGUGGACCGGCUGGUGGGGCUGAGCGCAGAGGUCAUCGGGCGGCACCUGGACGACGUGGAGAGCUUCGAGGGGGUGGGCGAGGAGCUGGUGAUGCUC